AUGUCUCUCUCGGAGCUUCUUAGUUCUCUGGCUGACACUACGGGAAAGCUUCUACUUCCGGACAGCGAGGACUACAAAAUUAUCAACGGCUCAUAUUUCACGGCAUUUGGAAAUGAAAUCAAGCCUUCUUACAUCGCUAAACCAACUAAUGUUGAAGAUUUCUCUAAAUUGAUCAAAAUUUUGCGCCCUCUUCUCAUUCGAGGAGAUUGUCAGAUUGCCGUUAGAGGUGGAGGCCAUACACCAUAUGGGAGUAGCGCUAAUAUUGAAGGUGGAGUCACGGUCGACACACGAGGCCUCAAAGGCAUCACUUUGAGUGAAGAUAAGUCUAUCGUUGAGAUCGCUGCUGGUGAAACAUGGACCACUGUCUACAAAGAACUUGAGAAACAUGGUUUGAGUACAGCGGGUGGUCGAGUAGGAAGAGUAGGGGUGACUGGAUUUGUUCUUGGAGGCGGUCUUUCCUUGUAUUCGACAAGUCGAGGAUUUGCAUGCGACUCUGUGGUCGACUUCGAAGUAGUUCUUGCAUCUGGCGAGGUGGUUCACGCCAAUGCUCGGGAGAAUUCCGAUCUCUGGAUUGCGUUGAAGGGCGGCUUGAAUAACUUUGGAAUUGUUACAUCCUUCAAGAUGAAGACAUUCGAAUCGGGAAAUAUUUGGGGUGGGGCAACAUAUUACAUGCCAGGCACAUAUUCCCAAGUUAUUGAAGCCGCUUGUGACUUGGUCUCUACAGAGACUGAUGAGUACACCCAUGUAAUGUGCAGUGUCGGAUAUGGUUACGGACAUCAGAUAGUAAUCUGUCUUAUGUACCAUACCAAAGGACAAGAGAAUCCCCCAUCUCUCCAGCGAUUUACAUCAAUCCAGCCGCAGGUUGAGCAGAUGAACUCCAUGAAGGUCGGAUCGCACCUUGACUUCUGCGAUGAGCUCUCGGCAUUCACAAGCGACGGAUCCAGACAAUUCUACGCCUCGUGUACCAUUCGACCUGAUGUAGCAUUGAUGACGGCUUUCGAAGUCGAAUGGCAAAAAACACUCGCAACAUUGAAGGAUGCCGAGGGUUUCACCUUCGCAUUCGGCUUCCAGCCAUUAGCCAAAUCACUACUCGAACAUUCCGCUUUGGAAGGAGGAAACUCAACCGGUCUCACCCCAAGCGAUGGUCCGCUAUUUGUUGUCCUCCUCAAUCCUGUCUGGGCUUCGGCUGCCGAUGAUGAGCGCAUGACUAGCGGCGUGACAAAGCUUUUGGCUGAAUUUAGACGACUUGCAUCCGAGAAGGAUUUGCUCCAUCCAUACAUUUUCACCAAUUAUGCUUACAAGACAGAUGAUGUUUUCAAGGGAUAUGGUGAAGAAAGUGUGGCGAAAUUGAAGGAAGCAAGCACGAAAUGGGAUCCUGAAGGAAUCUUCCAAAAGGGCGUGCCUGGUGGCUGGAAAGUUGGCAACCUGUAA